AGUAGGUAGCGGCGGGGCCCGCGGGGCUGGACCCUCCGGCGCUGCCCGGCCCCGGCCUCGGCCUCGGCCUCCUCCUCCUCGAGUCACCUUUGCCGCGGCGGGGCCGGGCCAGAGCCCCGGAGGGAAGGGAAGGGGGAGGCGGGGUCCUCCGGCGGCGCUGGCGCGUCCUCGGGUGUGGCGGCGCGGGGCCGGCGGGCGGGCCGGGGCCUUGCGCGGAGCGCACCGGGUGCUCGCCCCGCGGAACGCGAGUUCCUGGGGUCGGCGGUGGGGGGGGGCCCGGCGGGCUGCGCUCCGUUACCCGUUGCGUAACGCGCGCCGGUAGCGGCCGGGGCGGAGGCCGCGCCGCUCGGGAGCGCGCCCGCGGCUCCGGCGUGCCGUGCGGGGCCGCGCUGCGGCGGCAGGGCAGUAACGGUGCAGCGGCGGCUCGGCUCGGUGCUGCGCUUUGGGGUCGGUUUGGGGUCUUUCCCGUUACUCCAUAAGCCGCUGUUGGGGGUCUCCUGUUUGCUGCUUCACCGCAGUGCCCCGUUCGGUGUCACCUCUGAGCAGCUCGGCUCGUUGUGCACCGCAUCCGGAGAUGGCAGCGUUAAGCAUCAGUUGCCCCCAACCUUUUAUUCCUUGAUGUGAUUUCUCCUGUGGUGGUUGUACUCAUUUUAUUGCUGUGGGAGGGAGAAUCAAAGCACAAGGUUAAGGAGCCUUUGUUUAAAACCGAUGAGUAUGGCACCUUAGUUCUACAUCGCUGCCAAAACUGCUUCUUUUCCCACGUCAUGUUGUGUUUUAUCUCCACUGUUAUUGCAUCUGAUUGAUGGAGACCAAUUCAAAUCUAGCGUUAAUAGUUGUGGAACUGUGAGCUCAGUUCCUCUAAGUUCUGGCUUGCAGGUAGAGCUGUUGGUAUCACUGUUCCAGUUAGUCUUUCCAGUAACAAAUGGGGGAUCAGGGAUUUCUGGUGUCAGGUAUUGCAGAGAAGAAUAUCAACAAAUGCAUCAGCUGUAAGAAGAGAGUUGCCCUUAAAAUCAAUCAGUCAAAAGCAUCAUCUUUGGCUGCUUUUUUCCCUAUUUUUUUCUGGACCAGAUCCAAUGGCUGUCCCACCAGCAUACAGUGACUUGGGAAAGUCUGCCAGGGAUGUAUUCAACAAGGGGUAUGGAUUUGGAAUGGUCAAGUUAGAGUUCAAGACCAAGUCUUCCAGUGGGGUGCUGGAAUUCACUGCAACUGGUUCUUCCAACACAGACACAGGCAAGGCUUCAGGCAGUCUAGAGACCAAAUACAAGCUCAAGGACUAUGGACUUAUAUUCACACAGAAGUGGAACACAGACAACACAUUGGGAACAGAAGUUUCCAUGGAGGAUCAGUUGAUUGAAGGAUUGAAGGUGGCUGUUGACACUACAUUUGUACCAAACACAGGGAAGAAGGGUGGAAAGUUGAAGACCUCCUACAAAAGAGAUUAUGUAAAUCUAGGCUGCAACAUAGACAUUGAUCUCUCUGGACCAACCAUCUAUGGCUGGGCAGUGUUGGGCUAUGAGGGCUGGCUUGCUGGCUACCAGAUGGCUUUUGAUACAGCCAAAUCUAAGCUUUCACAAAAUAACUUUGCCUUGGGAUACAGGGCAGGAGACUUUCAGCUGCACACUAAUGUGAAUGAUGGCACCGAGUUUGGUGGGUCUAUUUAUCAGAAGGUUAAUGAUAAGGUUGAGACAUCAGUCAAUCUUGCAUGGACUGCUGGCAGUAACAACACACGUUUUGGUAUUGCUUCUAAGUACCAACUGGAUGAGAAGACUUCCCUUGUGGCUAAAGUGAAUAAUGCCAGCCUGAUUGGAAUUGGUUACUCUCAUGCCCUCCGACCUGGCAUAAAGCUGACCCUCUCAGGCUUGAUUGAUGGCAAGAAUUUCAGUGCUGGAGGUCACAAAGUUGGGCUGGGAUUUGAGCUGGAAGCUUAAUGCAGCUUUAAGUGAAGCUACAGGUGGUGCUCUGAAGGAUAAAGGAGAAGUGUACCCAGUAUGUUUCGGCCUUAAUAUUACUCUGAAAUUCCAAGAAGUGUGAACUUUCUACUCUUCCAAAGAAUCAUUUCAGCCCAACACUGAAGUCCAGAGACUGCCAGCACAUCAAAGGAAGAUACUUGAAGGCAUGCAUGGAAGUUGUGAUGUAUGUGCCACAUUUCACUUCGGUUUCCCACAUGUUCCUAAAACCAGAAGAAAAUCCCACCUCUCCCCAUUAUUGUAUUGCAUCCUGCAUGUCUCACACUUCAUCACCUUUUAUAAAAGGUGGGCUCUGUGCUGUAGCAGCAACUUGGAUUUACAUCAGAGUGAAAUAAAGUGGUCCCAGUUAGAACAUAA